GUGGAGAUCCAGUGCCAGGUUUUUCAGUGGCCUCUGUCUGUGUCUGGCAGUAGCGCAGCAUGAAGCAGUGGGAAACAGAAACACCAUGGCUGCCACUCUGUCUCUUACUCAGCAGCUCUCCAGUGGAAAUCCCAUCUAUGACAAAUACUAUCGACAGGUUGAUCCGACUGGCAGUGGGCGGGUAGCAGCGGCUGAUGCAGCUUUGUUCCUGAAAAGGUCGGGUUUGGCUGACUUGGUCCUGGGGAAGAUCUGGGAUUUGGCAGACUCUGAAAGAAAAGGUUCUCUUAACAAGCAGCAAUUCUUCAUAGCUUUGCGGUUGGUGGCCUGUGCUCAAAAUGGCCUAGAGGUGGCGCUCAAGAGCCUUAAUGUGGCUGUUCCUCCUCCCAAAUUUCAUGAGUCAAGCAGCCCGCUGUUAGCAGGAGGUGUGGCUAUUGACAUUCCCUGGGUCGUCAAGCCUGAAGAGAAGAUGAAGUUUGACUCCAUCUUUGACAGUCUGGGUCCAGUAGGAGGGAUUCUAACAGGAGACAAGGUUAAGCCUGUCCUGCUUAACUCAAAACUGCCAGUGGACAUCCUGGGCAGGGUGUGGGAGCUCAGUGACCUCGACAGAGAUGGCAUGUUGGACAGAGAUGAAUUUUCUGUGGCCAUGUAUCUGGUGUACAGAGCUCUGGAGGGGGAGCCUGUUCCCAUGUCCCUACCACCUCCCCUGGUUCCACCCUCCAAGAGGAAAAAACCCUCAGUGCCUCCCGUGAUGCCCCUGUUACCCUCGCCCCCCUCAGUCAAAGACAGUCGCUCCUCCCAUGCUGGCUCUAAGACCAUGCCCCACCCCCCUAAACCCGCCCCAGCUCCUGUCCCAACACCAGCAGCUGUCCCUUGGGUGGUGUCACCAGCAGACAAGGCAAAGUAUGACGAGCUAUUCAACAAGACCGACAGUGACAUGGACGGCCUCGUGUCUGGCCCUGAAGUCAGAGAUAUCUUCCUUAAGACUGGGCUGCCCUCUGGCACACUUGCACGUAUCUGGGAGCUCUGUGACAUAGGAGACAUUGGGAAACUGACCCGAGAGCAGUUUGCCCUGGCGCUUCAUCUGAUCAAUCAGAAGUUGAGUAAAGGCCUGGACCCUCCACAGAGUCUCUUGCCAGAGAUGAUCCCUCCGGCUGACAGACAAAACAUCAAACAGAACAACGCGGUUAACCUAGCAGCUGACUUCUCUGCCAUCAAGGAGCUGGACUCUCUCAGUAAUGAGAUUGUCGAACUACAGAGGGAGAAAAGCUCUGUUGAAGAGGAGAUCAGGGAGAAGGAGGAGGCCAUCAGACAGCGCACGAACGAAGUGCAGGACUUACAGGAUGAGGUGGCGAGGGAGAGCGAGGAGCUGCAGCGGCUCCAGGCUCAGCGUCAGAAGGUCCAGGAAGCCUUGGAGGAGCUAGACCAACAGAAAGGCUCCCUGGAAGAGCAGCUGACUCACAUUCGCCAGCAGACCAGUCAAGAGACCACACUGAUUUCAUCGCUGCAGUCAGAGCAUGAGGAGCAGGAACACAGGAUAUGUCAGUUUGAGGAGGAGUUGGUCCAGGCCCGAGAGGAGCUCCUCGCUCUGCAGGAGGAGAGCAGGAGGCUGCAGGAAAAGGUCCAGGCCGCUCAGGAGCAGCUCACACCUCUGCAAAAGUCUGUCCGUGACUCCUUUACACAAGUUGCACAGGUUCAGCAGAAGCUGAACGACCUUCAAGUGGAGGAGAGGUCUGUAACUGCCCAGCUUAGCUGGAAGAGGGCCCUGGAGGAUAGUUCUCCUGUCAUGGUAAAUGGAUCAGCAGGCCCCACUGCAGAGCUGCACCAAGGGGACCCCUUCCAGUUGGACCUCUUCCAGGAGGACCAGCCCAAAGAGCUGAAAGAGGAAGAACCUAUUUCUGUUUGCAAUCAGCAGAAAGAACAUUCAGAUCAAAAAGAGAAAGAAGGGGUCAAUGAGACACAAGAGGAAGAAGAGAAGGAAGAAGAGAGUCCAAAUACUCCAGAGGAGGAAAAGCUUAAACCUGAUCCCUUGGAUGAUCUCUAUACAAGUCUAGCCUCCUCUGAUAUCUAUAAUAGUGUGUCGACUCUGGCCAAGCCCUUAGAGAACACUGUUACGGAACACAGUAGCCCCACACCCGACGUCUCCUCGGAGGUCAUAGAUGAUGCAGAGGAAUCCCCUAAAGAGAGUCCACCAAAGGUUGCAUCGCCAGAGCCAGAGAGCAAACAAGAGCCAGCAGAGUCCCCAGAAACCACCACCUCCUCUUUACCACCUCAAGUCGGCCCUUGCUCUAUGCCGCCUCAGACCAGCCCUCCCUCCUUGCCUGAGAUUGACUUCUUCCAUUCAGACCCUUUUACUGACCACGAUCCAUUCAUUGAUGAUCCGUUUGGAAAAGCAGAUGUUGCAGAUCCAUUUGGAGGAGAUCCGUUUAAAGGGUCAGACCCCUUUGCUGCAGACUCUUUCUUCACACAGAACUCCAGCGCCCCCUUUUCCUCAGACGACCCUUUCUCUGCCUCAGCUGACCCGUUUGGUACCACUGCUGGAAUGCCAGAACCAGACCUGUUUGCAGCCAAGCUGAAUGACACAGCAGCUGCACCAGCAGCAAGUCCAGAUCCCUUCAUGUCCAAGCCUACCAAUCCAGCAUUAGCAGCCAAGGAUCCAUUCAGAUCCACAGGGAACAAUAUGGCUGAUUCUGACCCAUUUGGAGGCACGAUGAACGCCACUGGGGAGGCAGAUCCAUUUGGUUCUCAGGGCGGAGGGGCAGAUCCCUUCAGCUGCUCUCCCCCCAGCUCUGAUCUGGCUGUGAAGGACACUGCAGCAACAAAUGACCCCUUUGCUCCAGGUGGUACUACAGUGAGCGCCAGCACAGAUCCAGAUCCAUUUGCUGCUGUGUUUGGUAAUGAAUCAUUUGGAGGGGGCUUUGCAGAUUUCAGUGCCCUGACAAAGUCAAACGGUGCUGACCAGUUUGGCGUCAACAACAAGAACCUGUUCCAGGAAGACAGCCAGCCUGCCGCCCCUGACGUGCCCCCAGCCCUGCCCCCAAAAACGGGUACGCCAACCAGACCACCUCCUCCACCUCCAGGCAAGAGGUCGUCUAUCUCCAGAGUAGAGUCCUCUGACUCCUUCCAACGACGAGGGCCCUUCCUUCCACAGCCUUCUGGAGACUUCACCUCCUCAGCCUCCUCCUCUUCCUUGCCUGCUAAGGAUCCUUUAGCCGACCCCUUCGCCCCCUCCUCCCCUCCUCGUCACAACGUAAGGGAAGCUGACCGAUUUGCCAGCUUUGAUAAAUAUCCAACAGAGGAAGACAUGAUAGAGUGGGCAAAGCGCGAGAGCGAGCGAGAGGAAAAGGAGCGACUUGCCAGGCUCACCCAGCAGGAACAAGAGGACCUGGAGCUGGCCAUCGCGCUCAGCAAGUCUGAACUCUCUUGAGAAGCUCGUUCCCCGGCUCGGCUCGGCACGGCACGGCACAGCACAGCCUGGCCCAGCCCAGAAAGCACCAAAGCAACGUGGGGACUGUAUAGGACUGAUUCACCCCAUGAAGAGACUUUCUUAGAAUAAACCCAUCUGAGUCUUUCAUCGCCCUUCUCCUCAGGCUGCGUUCACUGUUCACUGGCAUUGCAGUAUUUUUCCAUUCUGUUUGUCUCUGGUUUUGUUUGGAGGAGAGGACCAUGAUGGAGUGUACGCUCCACAGAAUGGAUAGUUGAGUCAAAUGCAGUGAAUAUGGUCUUCAUGAUUGUCAAUUAACAUUAACUGUCCAGAAUGUAAUUUAUUUAAACAUACACUCAGAAUAGAUUGAAAUAGCUAUGUCAAAGUCCUGUCUUUAUCCACUAACAAUACUCACUACACUUUAUUCAAUUUCUUUAAUUAAUAAUAGACUUGUUACUUUUGUAGAGCCCCAAAAUCCCCCAACUUCCUUCCAGCUCUUGAUUAAUUCUCUGAAUCUAAGUGGAGAAAUGUGUGUAGUUUCAAGACAACAAGCUGUCAAUGGAGUGACCAUGUACUUUUUCAGUCCUGUAUGAUGGCGGGCGGCCUAUGAGAUUUUUCUUCUUUCUUUUUCUUCAGGACAGGGUGACAGAACAUUUCUACACGUUUAACUGGAAGUUACCAGUCCUUAAAAUGCAUGUGCAGAUUUAUACUACAACUGAACAAAUCCAUCACAGUUCAGCUUCUAGAUACUUUAAGUUCUUUAAAAUGUCAGCAUCUGUUGUGCCUGUGUUAUAACGUUUGUUAUGAAAGUUUGAUACUGAAAAGGAAUGAAACUACAUCUAUUACAUGUAAUAAUUACAUAUUGAUUAGCAUUCAAUUUCAGGGCACACUACAAGGGAUGUACACAAAAGAACCCUCCUCUAAAAAAAAAUCUGAAAUGGCAUUAAUGCUUGCCGCUCUAAAAAUAUUAUUUUGUCACCCACAUACUUAUUAUCUUUGAAUUAGUAUGAAAUGUUCAAUUCUGUGAAAUUAAUUAUUAAUAAAUAGACAUUAAUUUCCCCCGAGAUUAAUGAAUGUUAUUUUUUGCUGACAUGUGGCUGCAAAACAUAGAAACUGGGAAACUGAGUGUUGAAAACUUUACCUGCUCUGUUUACUCAUACAUUAAAUGAAUAAUGUUAAUAGUGUUGUUAACCUGGAUUUUUCCACAUAGAGAACCACCCCACUCCUACUGGGAGUCCAGAGGUCAGUGUCACUGAAUGACACGUCAGCAGCAUUGGUGCUGGUUGGGUAAUUUCUAAUUUUAAUGAGAGAAGUGUAUUUAGAAAAUUCAAAUCUUAUAGCAUGUCCCAUUUCAAAGUGUGUCGCUGUUGGUGCUUCUUUUCUUAACUUUUUAUUUUUCCAGGAGAUGCUUCCUUACUAACCGGAUUUCAAAGUCUUAACACAAAGUCAGUAAAAGUUGUGUCUGUGUUUCUCUGCGUUUCUUUGGAGCAGGUUGUCUUCUGUCCGUCCACUUCAGGCUCUGUGGGGAUUUAACUUGCAAAACACCUGCUGUGUAUUGUGAGGAUAAACGCUCCAACAGCACUGCACCCUCAUUCCUGUUAACGCCCAUACAGCAGUUGGUUUGGACAGUGAUUCUUCUUGCUGGGUAACUUUGUGUUUCUCCCAGAAAAUUAACUAAUUUACUUAACACUGAGUGCAAAACUAUGAUAACUGGUUUCUGAAGAAGCGAAGGCUUGGUUGAAGAGCAGAAGGCUUUUGUUUUCAUUGUCUUUUGUUCAAUUCUGACCAAACAAUGUCCAACAUUUUGGACACCUCUUCCUGUUCUUUUUUCCGGCCUUGUUGAGAGUAAGCAUCGUCAUAGUUUCCUCUUCUCAUGUUUAACCAGUUUACUGCCAGUGUUUGAUUCUGCACUUCCUUCUUGGUGCGUCUCUCAUAUUGCAGUACAGGUUUAUUCUAAAUACAAUACACUAUCUACAAUAGAGAACAGGAGUCGUCUGUCUGUUCUCCGCCUUCACUGAGUCACUUGUCAUGCUUCAGUUUAUGGUUUCACAUUUAAAGGCCACCAGACACGUUGCUGUCAUUUGUACAGACAAAUUUUACAAAUCAAGAACCACUUGUGUUUCUAGGCUUACCCAUAAAGGCUUUUUAAAACUCAAGCUAAUUCUAUUUUAUUUGGUAUUUUCUAACAUGUAAGAAAAUCUCCCUAUUGGGAGGUUUGGCCAGAAUAUGUAAUGCAUUUAAAUGAUACAGAAUAAAUAUUGUAACAUGUA